GACGUAAACCAGCUGCCCUAGCUCUACCAUUCUCCCCCCUUUUCCUCCCCCCCUUCUCUCUCUCUCUCUCUCUCUCUCUCUCUCUCUCUCUCUCUCUCUCUCUCUCUCUCUCUCUCUCUCUCUCUCUCUCUCUCUCUCUCUCUCUCUCUCUCUGUCCCCCUCCCCCUCCUCCCUCUUUCCUCUCCCUCCUCUCUCUCCUCCCCUUCCUUUUCUCCUCCUCUCUCCCCCAUCCUUCUCUCUCUCUCUCUCUCUCUCUCUCUCUCUCUCUCUCUCUCUCUCUCUCUCUCUCUCACUCACUCACUCUUCCCCCUCCUCCCUCCCCUCUUCUCUCUCUUCCUCUCUCCCUCCCUCCCUCUCUCUUUCUCUCUCCCUCUCUCUCUCCCUCUCUGUCCCUCCCUCCCUGCUUUCUAACAUUAAAGAGAAAAUGCUGCUCUCUGUCCCUUCCAGGCCUGGGAUUACGACUUUUGGCUAUAACAAGAGCAACAAGAAGCCUUAUGUGUCCGUGGCUCAGCAGAUGGCACCACCUAGUCCGAGCAACACCACCACCAGUGGCAGCGGUGGGGGCGGUGGCGGUGACCAGCUGAGCAAAACCAACCUGUACAUCCGAGGGCUGCAGCCAGGCACCACAGACCAGGACCUAGUCAAGCUCUGUCAGCCAUAUGGUAAAAUUGUUUCAACUAAGGCCAUAUUGGACAAGACCACAAACAAAUGCAAAGGCUAUGGCUUUGUAGACUUCGACAGUCCUUCCGCCGCACAGAAAGCUGUCACUGCGCUUAAGGCGAGCGGGGUGCAGGCACAGAUGGCGAAGCAACAGGAGCAGGACCCUACAAACUUAUAUAUUUCAAACCUCCCAGUGACGAUGGAUGAGCAGGAGCUGGAGGGGAUGUUGAAGCCUUUCGGGCAAGUCAUUUCUACCCGAAUUCUUCGAGACACAAGUGGGACCAGUCGAGGGGUUGGCUUUGCAAGGAUGGAGUCCACAGAGAAGUGCGAAGCCAUCAUCACCCACUUUAAUGGCAAAUACAUUAAGACCCCCCCCGGAGUGCCAGCCCCCUCCGAUCCUCUGCUCUGCAAGUUUGCCGACGGCGGGCAGAAGAAACGCCAGAACCAGGGGAAGUACGUGCAGAACGGCCGCUCCUGGCCGCGAGAGGGCGAUGUGGCUGGCAUGGCCUUGACCUAUGACCCUGCCACAGCGCUACAGAAUGGGUUUUAUACAGCGUCACCUUACAGCAUCAACCCCAACAGGAUGAUUGCCCAGACAACAGUAUCUCCCUAUCUCCCAUCUCCUGUAUCUUCAUAUCAGGUUCACAGCCCAUCUUGGAUGCACCACCAGUCAUACCUCAUGCCACCAACAGGGACAGUCUUGCCCCCGGGGAUGGAUCACACCAUUUCCAUCCAGCCUGCCUCAAUGAUGGGACCUCUCACCCAGCAGUUGGGCCACCUUUCCCUCAGCAGCACGGGCACGUAUAUGCCCACAGCUGCAGCUAUGCAAGGAGCUUAUAUCCCCCAGUACACGCCUGUGCCUUCUUCCAGUGUUCCAGUAGAGGAGAACAGUGGCCAGCAAAAUCAAGUAGCAGUGGACACUCCCUCUGAUCACGCAGCCUAUUCCUUCCAGUACAACAAGUAACAGUGGGACUGAUGUGUUUUCCAGAUGGGCCCGGGCCUGAGAGGACACCAUCUCUGCUCUUGUGCCUGCCGCUACCCCACAUCACUGGUGGAGCCUGGGGUUACAAGGCCACCCUUUCUUUGUGCCGCAUCCAAGGAGAUCAGAUAUUAUUUUUCUUUCUUUUGCAAAGAAAACAUUUUUUAAAACCACAACAGACUCAACGUACCCCAAGGAGACCAGCUGGUGACUGGACAUUCACGUCUCCAUUUGAGAAAAAUUAUUGUGUUGUGUUGGGAUUUAUUGUUUGGGCUAUUUUUUAAAAUUUCUUUUCAAAGAAAGUGGAAAGAUGUGUUGUUGGGGCAUUGGCCAUGGGUUCUUCUUGAUGAGUUUGGUUAUGGACUUUUCUGUUUUUAUUAUUUUCUAGGGUUUGUUUGUUUUUUAAUUUUUUUAAAGAAAAUAUGCAGUUUUUGAAUUUUGUUUUGUAAAGCUCCCAGAACCUGUGCCUGCCCCCCCCCCCCUUCUCCACUUUUACCCCAGGUCCAUCCUACUAACCCAGUCACUGCUUUCUUCCCAUCCCUACACUGUAGAAUCUGCCCACUUUGGCUCUUGGACUCGGGAAAUUGGGUUGUUUUUUUUUUAAGAGGAAUUUGAUUUUGUGGGUAAGAACAAAAGCAGAGCACUACUUGGGCAGUGGAGGCAGUUCUUCGUCCCUUCUCCGAUCCCUUCCUCGCCUGCCUCCUUCCUGGGAAAGAACACCAGACUGUGGCUGCGGUGAGGAAAGACCUGUCCUUGGGCAUUCCAGAGGACCCCUCUUCCCUUGACCCAUUUGGACAGAGACAAGGUCUUCCUCCAGAACAUCAGACAACGAAUCCAGCUCCUUGUGCUCCUCUUCUUGGUGCUACGGGGCCAUCUCCAUCCCAGGAAGUCAUCUUUGGCUUCAGCUCGUCAGGAGUCCCGACUGCUGCUCUGGCUGCUUUUCGUGCCAUCUCCAGGAAAGGCACGUUCUCUCUUUUUCCUCCUCACUCCUCUUUGCUGUGUCCAGAGCCCCAACAGCUAGAACAAGUGCUGCCUUCCUUCCUCCCCUCCUUCUCUGCCAGGCAUGGAGCAGUGGAGCAGCUGCUUCGCCUUGGUGUAGACGAUACUGCCCCACAGGACUUGGUAAUUCUCCACCCCUGCCCCUGGGAUCCACAGUGCCUUCUGACACCCCCCUUUAGGGAUGCAGCCAGGGGAGACCAUUAGUUCAUCUUUUUGCAUGCACUGACUUACCAACAAGCUUUGGGUUGCGUGUGCGUGAGCGCGUGUGUGUGCGUGUGCGUGUUCUUUGCAUGUGGGUAGGGGUAGGGGUAGAAAGGGAUCCACCAGCCUCUGAUUGUGGACUUCACCUGCUUGGUGAGCUUGCCCUUCUGAGAUUCUGGGUAUCGACUGGCAUCUUCCCUCUUCUGGAAGUCCAGCAGCUAUCUGGGCUGGAAAUGUGCAAUAAGCCUUCCCCUCCCACCGAGGCUAGGUCUCUAGGUUCAAGGUCCAGGCUUUGCUCUCCCACCCGCCCACUCUGAGAUGUAUCUCAGUGCCCAGAGAAGCGGUGGCGGCCUUUUCCUCCUCGCCUGCCACCCAGAGGCCAGUUUUGUUGUUCUGUUCUAGCCCGGGUCCUCUCCACCUGUAGGGAAGGCUCCUGGGCCCCAGCCGAGCAAGGUGACAGAUGUCACCUUCCUGUAGACCCCAGGCCAGGUCCUUCCAAUUUAUCCUUCAUGUUUCCUCACCCCAGCUGCCCCUUUGUCCAGUCGGGACAGAGGCUAUCUGGCAGCCAGUUUCCCAUUUUGGGGGUGCUUUCUACACUUGUGGCACCCCCCGCCCCGGGACACGUUUGCUCAGAGGUUGCCCCUCUGCCUCAUCUCAUCCCAGGUCUCCCAUGAGGCCAGUCUGGGUCCUGGGCGCUUCGGUUCCUCCCUUGGCUCUAAAGUAUCAGGACAGAAUCAUCCCAGUGGCCUGCUUUGGGGCAUCAAGAGUGCAGCCUGGGGUGGUUGGGGCACGAUGUGGUCCAUGAAAGCGGUGCCCUUCCUGGCACCCCCCGGUCACCCCCCGGCUUUUGGUGGGACUCUGAAUGUCCAGAGAGUGGCGCUGGUUUCCUUUUGCCCUUGCGGGGUCUUGUGACAUCACAUUGUUCUUGUUGGUUCCCGGUGAGGGUAUUUCUGGAAGCCGGGCUUGGGGAUCAGGGGACUUGGGCUGCCCGCUGGCUCUCACUUUCAUUGUUUUGGGUGGUUGCUGAUGACUUUAUUUGGUGCUUUUGAGAUCUCUGGGGGCGGGAGAGGCACGUACUUUAAUUUUUCCUCCACAUUGUAAUAAUGGCGAGAGCCCGAGAAAUGGCGUGAAGGGAGACCCUCCCUCCCUCCUCAGCCACAGACUGGUGGUGGGACAGCCACGGGGUGCUCUAGGUCUGAAGCUGGGGGCCUGGCAGGGCUUUCUUCUCUGCACAUCCUCACCUCCUCUCCCUGCCAAGAGCAGCCCAGACGCUCUUGGCAGGGACGGCGUUUUCCUGUGUCUCUGCGCACGUGUGUGUGCACACACGCUUCUUUUCUGUUUCGUAAGAAAGCCAAAUAGGACUAUCCCUGAGCCUGGCAUCCCCUCGUGUGGCUCGGGGUCCCAGAUGGCCCGGAGAGCCUGGGAACGGGGGCCAGCCACCACUGUGGGGGAACGGGGCCAGGCAGGAAAACCUUGUGUCUUGGGGGCCCCGGGGGCAGAGGCGAAAUGUUUCUUUUGACCAUUUUGUUUUGUUUAACCAAAGAAGUUCCGUGGGCCCUCCUCCCAGAGCCUCCUGUCCCCAGACUCCCCAGACAGGCGGACAGCCGGCUGCAUCCUGGGGAUGGAGGCGCCGCGGCACAGCCAAGCCCGUCCCUUCUCUGGUGGCUAACAAGGGCCUUCCUCCCUUUGGUGCUAAGGCCGGGUUUCCCUCCUUUGGCCUGCCUUCCUGCUGCCGGCUUCAUGGAGGAGGGGGAGGGGGAGGAGUCAGGCCACCCGCCCCGCUUGCCGGGAGGCAUUGAGUGCCAAGGGCAGGAGGACCCCCUCGCGCACCACCACAGCUGAGCAAUAAAACCAGGGGAAUGGAUGGCGGCGUCCAUGGGCAGACGCCGGGGGAGAGCUUAGAUCCUUUGUGCCUUGACGUCCCUGAUCUGGUCAUUCCUGCCCCAGCUCUCCCCCUCCUCACUCGAGCCCCUUCCCAGGCGGGGUCCUCAGGGUUCCCUUCCUCACCAGCCCCAGGGAGCGCCCCCACCCGCUCCGCACCGGCCCCUCCACCACCCACCCAUCCUCCUCGCCUCCUCCCCACCGCCUGGCCAGCAAUGCCGUCCCCUCACGCAUCUACCUCAGACCUCCCGGGCCAUUGCUCCCGCUCGGGCCCCUCCGCCGGGCCUGGGGCAGGGAGGGCACCGCUGGGUGGCUGCCGCUUCCUGCAGAGGCUCCGGGGGGGGCCUCCCGUGGCUCUCCCAGACGCACCUCCUGUCCUAUCCAUCUUCCUUGGAGCCGGCCUGAGGGGAAGACAAGUUGGUAUUCAACUGUCUGAGGUCCUGAUGGGAGUUGCCAACAGGGGACCAUCUUCCCGCCAACCCCGCCUCCUAGAGACCCAGCCUAGACCUGAGAGAAGUUUAAUUUAUACUUAGACACGUUUUGUACAGGUUUUUUAAAGUUGUUUUCUUUUGGUUUUGUUUAUUCAGAGUUUCUAGUUUUGUAUUCUGCCUGCUUCUAUGCUUGUUAAUUAUCCCUCAGUUUACCUCCUCGACUUUCCAGCGUCCCGUCCCUUCCCUGCAAUCUUGUGGAGCUCCGAUUGUCUCAUUUCAAACGGUUUCUCAAUAAAAUGAUAAAACCAG